GUAUUGUUGAAAAAGUAUGAACGACAACAACUUACCUGCGCGUUUAUGCUGGUUUGGAAAAAUGUCAAAAUGAUGAACAAUUGAGAUGCCGCAGGAUCCAGGAUAAAAUGUCCAGCGCAGGUCUUUGUCAAGCAGUCACUUUUGUACUGUAUGGCUUCGUUCGAAUGGUCAAAGCUCUUACAUCAACCAGAAGAUUCACCAUUGCUACAACAACUUAUCAGCAAUGCUGCAAAUGGUAGCACUAUGGAGCCAGCGAUCAAAGUGUUCCCCGAUGCAAAGUACAAGUCGUGGCCGAGUCUUGGAAUCUCCUUCUGCUUCACCAUAGUUGACGGCAGCGAACAACUGGAUUCCAUAGAUAUAUUCAACGGACACCCAAAAGACAAAUUCGCGGCGUAUAGUGGAGAUUUACCCCUAGGACUCUUGUCUUCAUCACAGGCACAUGAAGUUGUAUCCAAACUUGGAGAACCUAUCAAGAAAGGUGGUGGAGGAAAUACCAGAAUGCCAUGCUGGGUUCAAUAUGACACGGACCAAGGGUUUACACUGCAGAUAAAUUUUGACGGUGUGCAUUGGGAAGAUCGUGAGAUGGGCUGGUGUUCUAUGGUCGUAUACGAAGAUUAAGGAAACCAGACUUUGGCCAGCAUGUAGUAUAGAGUAUUUAAUUUUUUGAAAAGCCAACAAUAAUGACCAUUGAUCAAGUUUGGUCAACUUAUCAACCAUUGCAUACGCGAAUAAACAGCGGGAUGUGUCUUAUAACCUCGU